GCGCGAUGGCAGACCAAGACGCCGCCGCCGCAGUCGCACCGGCCGCGGCCGGAACAUGCAGUCGACCGAUGCGCACGUCGUAUCAAGCAGAGAACGAAUCCGAGGACGAGUCGUCGACCUCGACGAUGCAGGCGUGCUACUACUCAAAGUACGGAAAACCAUCCGUUGUUCAAAUCGGCAGCCUCCCACGAGCCACCCUCGUUGCCCCCGACGACAUCCUAGUCCGCGUCCACGCCGCCUCUAUCAACCCAAUUGACUACAAGCGCCGAGAAGGGGCGUAUAAACUCAUCCUCGAGUCCAAGUGGCCCAACAUUGUCGGGUAUGACAUGGCUGGGGUCGUUGUCCUCUGCGGCACAAACGUCAAGAACUUUCACAUCGGCGACGAAGUGUACGCAUGCGCUCCACACGACAGAACAGGGACGCUGGCCGAGUUUGCUGCUGUCCCCGAGCGAGCAGCUGCUCUAAAGCCAAAGAACUUGAGCUUCAUCCAGGCCGCCGCCGUACCGAUCUCUGCGCUCGUGGCGAUGCAAACCCUUCGUCGUCUCAAUGUGCAGGAAGGGCAGAAGCUCCUCCUCACUGGCGGCUCUGGUGGCGUCGGCACAUUUGCCUUGCAGCUGGCAAAGAACGUAUUUAAGGCAGGACGAAUUGCAACGACUGCCCUGCAGCAAAAGGAGCACAUUUUGACACGAUUGGGGGCGGACGUCAUCGUCGACUACUCGGACAGCCACUUUGAGAAGGAAUUGAAAGACUACGACUGCGCCAUGGACUGCACGAGCGAGGCGAAGAAGUGCGUCGAGUGUGUCAAGAGCGGCGGGAUCGUCGCGUCAAUCGCAGACACGCCGCCUCCCGAAGCCAUGGGCGACCUACAAGACGAACUGAACGGCCGGCCACCAUCGUGCUGCCUUGGCAUUGUGCUCGGGUGCCUCAGCUACUCUAUGAAGUCAAGAGCUCGCGCACGGUCGGUCCAGUACACAUAUGUGCUCGUGUCCCCGGACGGCGCGAUGCUGGCGGAAAUCGCCGCGCAUUGUGAAAGCGGUGUGCUUCGACCAGUCAUCGACAAAGUGUUUCCGUUCGCGCAGGCGUUGGAAGCGAUGGAGUUGCUCGAGAGCGGCCACGUCACGGGCAAAAUUGUGAUUGAGAUGCCGGCCAACGCCAGCGGCCAUCACCCCGAAUCGGAAUAACAACUUUCCUGAAAAUUUAUAUACUGUCUGAAAGGAUAGUCGAAUGGCAUUGUAUUCAAGAGGUAAAUGCCCGUCAACUGCAACGAAG